AUGAGUGAGUCAAACAAAUCUGGUGCUAAUUCUUCUGGUGCUAAUAGUAACAAACCGAAGCGUAAUUUCCGCAGAACUCAGGGACCUCAAGUUUCAAAGGCCAAACUUGAGAAAAAGAGACAAGAUCAUAGACAUGGCUCUUCGAAAGCGGAUGAUGACGAUGAUGAAUUAUGUUUAAUUUGUGCAGAGAAGCUGAAGUUCAUUGGUUUGACUCCCUGCAAUCAUAGAACAUGUCAUAAAUGUUCGUUCAGACAACUUUCUUUAUACCAGAAAUCCAUCUGUUUAGUCUGUAGAUCCGACGUCGCAACAGUUAUCUAUACAGAUCAAAAGCAAUCUCAAUUUAAGGAUUUUGAUGUCAACAAUACGAGUCAAUUUUAUUACAAAGAUGAGAAAUAUAAUGUGUUUUUUACUUCCAAAGAAGCAGCAGGUGCAACGUUGAAUUUAUUGAAAUUUAUUUGUCAAGUAUGCGACUCCAACGAUGAAAUUGAUUAUGAAAGUUAUCAAAAAUUACAAAGUCAUCUGAAAUCAGAGCACAACAAGUCCAUCUGUAUGAUUUGUGCACAGCAUAAACAUGCAUUCCCAAUUGAACUCAAAAUUUUCACGCCAAAUCAAUUACGCAACCAUCAAUCGAAAGGUGACUCAACCAUUGGAUUCAAAGGUCAUCCUUUAUGUGCCUUCUGUUCAGGUAGAAGAUUUUAUUCUGAUGAUGAAUUAUAUCUUCAUAUGAGGGAAUCUCAUGAAAAAUGUCACAUUUGUGAUAAGAUUGACCAUUCGUCGCCACAAUAUUUCAAAGACUAUGAUCAAUUAUUUGACCAUUUCAGGAAUUUCCACUACGCCUGUACUGUACAAUCGUGUCUAGAUAAUAAAUUUGUUGUUUUCGCAGAUGAAUUAGAAUUACAAGCACAUAUACUCCAAGAACAUGGUAGUAUUAUAGGCGGCAAACCAAAAUUUUUCCAAUCUGAAUUAUCUACGUUCAUUUCAGCCCCAUCAAGAGUCAUUAGAGAAACCAAUGUUACGCAAAAUAAUGAAUCUCUAUUAGCAGGUGAAAAUGAAUCACCAGAGUUGAAAGCUUUAAGAAUGGAAGAAAGGGCUAAAUACUAUCUUGAUAACUCUGAGGAUGAUUUCAUUAGAUUCUUACAUUUAAAUAGUGAAUAUGAUUCUGGGAAAUUGACCGCGGAGAAAUUGUUAAAUUCCUAUAAAGAAUUAUUCACUACACCACAAUCAGAUGUCUACUUACUGAUAAGAAAUCUUUCUGUUCAAUAUUCAAAGGAUUCUAAAAAAUUCAAAGAACUAAAUGCAAUCUACAAUGCACAGGAGCAGAGGAGGCAAAGGUCGGAAGCGUUACCUUCGUUGCCAACCGAUGGUUUCGCUCCUGUUGCCAGCAGCGUAUGGAGCAAAACAGGUUCUACCACUAGUCGUUCUGCAUCCUCCUCGAGAACGAACUUGAGAAACCUACCAACCUUGGAAUCCCCAUCACCAAACCAUGACCCCUUCAGAAAUCCAUACAAUAUCAAAUCGUAUAGCAAACUUGGAAAACCACUCACGAAGAAAACCAGCCCACAACAAGUAUCUCGUUCAUCUCCAUCUGUUAAUAGCGUGAAUUUUACUCCAAACUACCUAGAAUCCAAGAGACAACAAUCUCCAGCAGCAAAUACGCUUUCACAAAAAGCUGACAAGUUGUCACAGCUAAAUCUUCCGUCGUUACCAACCCCUAAACCAAAAGUGUAUAUUCGUCCAGUGAAUCCGCAAACUAUGCCUGAUCCAAAGCAAUGGGGGAAACAGAGAGAUACGUCGCCACAGGUUGAAGAUGAGUUCGCCAACCUGAAUAUAAGUAGUAAUGCAGCAGGUGGCAACAAAGGCAAGAAGAACAAGAACAAGCAAAAGCAGUUACUGUUCCAUAUCGGUAUUUAA